AUGAGCUCAAUUCGGGAAGGCGAGACAGAGGAGGAAAGACUCCACACGCAAACGCUUCAGGAUGAGGGUCUUGCCACAGAGGGAAGGAUUCCAGAGGACCAUGUGUCGGAAGAGCGCAUGCCAGAGGAUCGAAUGCAAGAUGAUCGUAUGCCAGAGGAUGGGAUGACUGAUGGUCGCAUCCCGGAGGAGAGAAUGCAGAGCUAUCCAUCACCCACGGUCGAUGCUCAGGAUGCCGGCCCAUACUAUCACUCAGCUGCCAGAGACGAUUCUCAACAGGAACCUCCUCCCCCGCCCACGUCCCAGCAACAGCCGCCUCACUCCGCCAGCGUCGAAGAGCUGCAGCUGGCUGCUCAGCUCGGCCAGGAUCUGGCCGCCGAGCCCAUGAUGCACGUCACAGAUCCUAGCAUGAAUGUCGAAGACCCCAAUCUGCGGAGCAUCAUGCCACACCCUGAGCAGCCUCAGCACCAGCCUCCUCCCCGACCCUAUGUGCCCGAGGAAACCUUGCCGGACUCCCUUCCUCAGCAUGUUUCUGUUCCUGUUCCAAUGGAUCACCACCACCUAUCCCAGACCUAUGCUCUGGGAGACAGCACUCCGCCAAGGAAGCGAUCCAAAGUGUCUCGUGCUUGCGACGAAUGUAGGAGAAAGAAAGUUAAGUGUGAUGCCCAGUCGGACUCUGGAGACAACCCAUGCUCCAACUGCAAACGGUCGGGAAUUUGUUGCUUGUUCAGCCGUGUCCCUCAGAAACGCGGUCCUAGCAAGGGCUAUAUCAAAGAGUUAGCCGACAGAAUCAACAGUAUUGAGGGCAAGCUGGAGAUUCAAAGUCCUGGCGAAGAUGCCAGCCGGAAGCGGCCCUUCUCGAGUAUAUCCAGUGCGGACUUGUCCACUCCAGCACCCACGAGACAGACUGCCUGGGGUGCUGAGCAUCGUCCUCUUCAACCUAUGGCAACUCCGUCCGACAAAUACCAGUCCUCUCCCUUUUCCACCAAUGGCCUGGCUCCCCAGCCCCUACCCAUUAAGAAUGACAUGCAGCCGCGGCCGCCGGUGGCUCCGAUGGACGGUCCUGUUGCCGACUUGCCCGACAUUGAUCAGCCGCGCGACGUAGAUGAUGCCGUAUUUGAUGGGUACAUCAACAUCAUCCAUCCUUAUCUUCCAAUCCUCCCAAGUAGCAGAGCUCUCGUCCAGGAUUACCUGGCACAGUGUCCUGGCCUUCUUCGCGAAGCGUUUGUCGAAGCUCUUUCCGGUACCAUGCACUCGUACCCGACUUUUCAAUCUGGAAAUCCAGGCGAUGUCCGGCUUGCCCACACCCUGCUUGUUGAAUGGGAGGCCGGCGACUCGGCCUUGCGCAGUCCUGCAGCUAACAUCGUCUUCCUCCAAACACUGCUCCUCAUGAUCAUUGAAGCGGACAAUCGGCAACUGGGUUCCAUCGGUGCGCCGAAGGAGUCGCUCCUAGGGGCCUCUAAGUUCCUGGGCCGUGCCUCAGUGAUGAUUGCAAACUUUCAAGAACCAUUGAACCCAUCAUUCGGAGACCGAAUGAUUGGUUCGUUCAUGGACGCAUGGGUUGAGGACUUCCGUGAGGAUUUGCCGCCUCACAUCGAGGCAGGCACGUAUCCUGUAAUUCAUCUUGUCUACUGGCACUGCCGGCUGCUGGCAUAUCUGCUCAACCCAUCCGCUAAGUCAGCGGACGCUCUGUGGCCCUGCCAAGAAACAAUUAGUCUCUUGCUUGGACAGUCGCAGCUCGUCACACCUCUUCACCAUCACUUCACAGUACUCACAGUACUGAUACUGGUUGAGUUGGCAAAGGUGGACAAGACAAAGGAGGAGGCGACUCGUCUGCUGGGCGACUUUCGAGACUCAUCUCUUCCGACAUCUGUGUUUGAUGGUCUCGUCAGGGACAAGAUCGCCGACCACUUGCGGCCAUCAACAACCGCAAGUACUACUGCAGCUUCUGUCCCAUCGGCAAUGGAGACAGCUGCCAGCCAAGGGCUUCAACAUUUGGCUGAUCUGGCCACCCUUUCCUCUGCAGCUGUGGAAAAGACAGAGGAGCCUCCGGCUUAUCGCACGGCUCCAAACUACGAGGAUAUGGGAUUCGAUCCCCGGCCUGUACUCCUCACCGGCUACCUUAAUGUCGUCCGCGCAGCACAACAGGCAGCUUAG